GCUCCCGACAAAAUGGCGGCGCCGAGUAAUCGCUGAGCUGAGGAGUCGCGGUCCGCCCGUCAACCAGAGCACAACCAACGGCAGGAAGAAGCCUCUCGUCAAAGGGCUUGGAUCUGUAACUCGGGCGGGCCGGGGAUCCAGUGACUCGGCGGCGUGCAGCCCCAGAGAGGAGCAAUGUCUCUGCUUUGUGUCGGAGUUAAGAAAGCAAAGCUUGAUGGUCCACAAGAAAGAUAUAAUACCUAUGUGACUUUAAAAGUUCAAAAUGUCAAGAGUACGACCAUAGCAGUGCGGGGGAGCCUACCAUGCUGGGAGCAGGAUUUCAUGUUUGAAAUCAAUCGUUUAGACCUAGGCCUGACUGUUGAAGUGUGGAACAAAGGAUUGAUCUGGGACACAAUGGUUGGUACAGUGUGGAUUCCUUUAAGAAGUAUACGGCAAUCAAAUGAGGAGGGACCUGGUGAAUGGUUGACUCUUGAUUCAGAGGUCAUAAUGACAGACAAUGAAAUCUGUGGAACAAAAGACCCAACAUUUCACAGGAUUUUGUUGGAUACUCGAUUUGAAUUACCACUUGAUAUCCCAGAAGAAGAAGCACGAUACUGGGCUAAAAAAUUAGAACAGCUGAAUGCGAUGCGAGAUCACGAUGAUUAUGCAUUCCAAGAGGAGGGGGAAAGGCCUUUACCUAUUCCGGGCUCUCAAUGUUGCAACUGGAGCUAUUUCGGCUGGGCAGAAAAUCAAAACAAUGAAGAUCCUGACAGUGCAGUGGAUGACAGAGACAGCGACUAUCGAAGUGAAACUAGCAACAGCAUCCCACCUCCAUAUUUUACAACAUCUCAGCCUAAUGCAUCAGUCCAUCAGUAUUCCAUUUCUUCACGGCAUCAACAGAAUGGAUCGCGGGAUUCUUGCACUGAUUCUAUUCACAGUUAUGAGCUAGAUUAUUCAGAUCAUCAGAGGCCAAUAAGUCCGACAGGUAGCAGCAGAUAUGCCUCAUCUGCAGAACUGAGCCAGGGUAGCUCCCAGCUCAGUGAGGACUUUGACCAAGAUAACGAGAGUCUGCAAGCCUCGGAUUUAGAAGAUGAACGCGAUGGUGAUUCUUAUCACUCUUGCCACAGCUCAGUGAGCUGUCAGAAAGAACCUGUGGACUCGGAAAAAGAAGAUAAUGAGCCAUUGGAGGGUAAUAAUGAAACUGAAGAGCUUCAGAAGGAGGUAGAAAUAAUUGAGGAAAAACCAAAAGAGGAAGAAAUUGCUGUUCCAGAUGAAGCUCCACCUGAAGCAGAGAUUCCACCAGAGCAACCUGAAGUCAAACCAGUGGAAAUUUACAGAAAUGAAGCGGAAGGGCAUCCUAAUAUGUCCAGGGCCAAAGCCAAUUGGCUUAGAGCUUUUAACAAAGUUCGUAUGCAACUUCAAGAGGCACAACUUGGGGAAGGAGUUGGUGAUCUGCCAAAACCACUUUGGUUUAAAGGAGGGGGAGCAGCCGUUAAAUUUCUGCGUAGCAUUGACAGCAUGCCUGAUAUUAAGCCACGGCGUAAAUCCCUCCCACUGGUCAGCGACCUGGCUAUGUCUUUGGUGCAGUCAAGGAAAGCUGGUAUUACCUCUGCAUUGGCAACUCGUACUCUUAAUGAUGAAGAACUGAAAAACCAUGUUUACAAGAAGACCCUGCAAGCCUUAAUCUACCCAAUUUCUUGCACAACACCACACAAUUUUGAAGUGUGGACAGCAACCACUCCCACCUAUUGUUACGAAUGUGAAGGCUUGUUGUGGGGGAUUGCUCGCCAGGGAAUGCGUUGCACUGAAUGCGGGGUCAAAUGUCACGAAAAGUGCCAGGAUCUUCUCAAUGCAGAUUGUUUACAACGGGCUGCUGAAAAGAGUUCAAAACAUGGAGCGGAGGAUAGAACACAGAAUAUUAUUAUGGUUCUGAAAGAUCGAAUGAAAAUCAGAGAGAGAAAUAAGCCAGAAAUCUUUGAACUUAUCCAGGAGGUGUUUGCACUUGCAAAGUCAGGACACGUGCAACAGAUGAAGGCGGUUAAGCAAAGUGUCCUGGAUGGCACAUCAAAAUGGUCAGCAAAAAUCAACAUCACUGUGGUGUGUGCCCAAGGUUUGCAAGCCAAGGAUAAAACUGGUUCCAGUGAUCCUUACGUUACAGUUCAAGUUGGGAAGACUAAAAAACGUACUAAGACUAUCUAUGGGAACCUUAAUCCAAUCUGGGAGGAGAACUUUAACUUUGAAUGUCAUAAUUCAUCUGAUCGAAUAAAAGUACGAGUAUGGGAUGAAGAUGAUGAUAUCAAAUCACGGGUAAAACAAAGGUUUAAAAGAGAAUCUGAUGACUUUUUGGGUCAGACCAUUAUUGAAGUUCGAACACUAAGUGGUGAAAUGGAUGUCUGGUAUAACUUGGAUAAACGUACUGACAAAUCUGCAGUAUCUGGUGCCAUCCGAUUACAUAUCAGUGUGGAGAUAAAAGGAGAAGAGAAAGUAGCACCCUACCAUGUUCAGUAUACAUGUCUACAUGAGAAUUUAUUUCAUUUCUUGACGGAUAUACAAAACAACGGAGUUGUGAAAAUCGCAGAUGCAAAAGGAGAUGACGCUUGGAAAGUUUAUUUUGAUGAGACUGCACAAGAAAUUGUGGAUGAGUUUGCAAUGCGAUUUGGUGUAGAAUCCAUUUAUCAGGCUAUGACACAUUUUGCCUGCCUCUCUUCAAAGUAUAUGUGCCCUGGAGUACCUGCUGUAAUGAGCACUCUUUUGGCAAAUAUCAACGCUUACUAUGCGCAUACCACUGCCUCCACCAAUGUUUCCGCCUCUGAUCGCUUUUCAGCCUCCAAUUUUGGGAAAGAGAGGUUUGUAAAACUCUUGGACCAACUGCAUAAUUCCCUUCGUAUUGAUCUGUCAAUGUAUAGGAAUAACUUCCCAGCAAGCAGUCCUGAAAGAUUACAAGAUUUGAAGUCAACUGUUGAUCUUCUAACCAGCAUUACUUUCUUUAGGAUGAAGGUCCAGGAAUUGCAGAGCCCUCCAAGGGCCAGUCAGGUUGUGAAAGAUUGUGUGAAGGCUUGCUUGAAUUCAACUUAUGAAUACAUCUUCAACAACUGUCAUGAACUGUACAGCCGAGAAUACCAGACAGAUCCAAAUAAAAAGGCAGAGGUUCCCCCAGAAGAGCAAGGGCCUAGCACCAGAAAUUUGGACUUUUGGUCCAAACUUAUCACACUGAUUGUUUCAAUCAUAGAAGAGGACAAGAAUUCAUACACUCACUGCCUCAAUCAGUUUCCACAGGAAUUGAAUGUGGGAAAGAUAAGUGCAGAAGUAAUGUGGAACCUUUUUGCCCAGGACAUGAAAUAUGCAAUGGAAGAACAUGAGAAACAAAGAUUUUGCAAAAGUGCAGAUUAUAUGAAUUUACACUUCAAAGUCAAGUGGCUGUAUAAUGAAUAUGUAAAAGACCUCCCAGCUUUCAAGAAUUCUGUCCCAGAGUACCCAGCUUGGUUUGAACCAUUUGUUAUACAAUGGUUGGAUGAGAAUGAAGAGGUAUCUAGAGACUUCUUGCAUGGUGCACUAGAACGUGACAAGAAGGAUGGGUUCCAGCAAACAUCAGAACAUGCCCUCUUCUCCUGUUCUGUCGUGGAUGUGUUCUCGCAAUUGAACCAGAGUUUUGAAAUUAUUAAGAAGCUAGAAUGCCCUGAUCCUAAAAUAGUGGGACAUUACAUGAGAAGAUUUGCCAAGACAAUUAGCAAUGUGCUAUUGCAGUAUUCUGAGAUAAUAGCGAAGGAUUACGCAUCGUAUUGUUCAAAGGAGAAAGUGCCAUGUAUCCUGAUGAACAACAUUCAGCAGCUACGAGUGCAACUGGAGAAGAUGUUUGAAGCAAUGGGAGGAAAAGAUCUGAAUUCAGAAGCCAGUGACAUUUUAAAAGAGCUGCAAAUAAAACUCAACAAUGUGCUUGAUGAUCUCAGCAGAGUGUUUGCAUUAAGUUUUCAGCCUCAUGUUGAGGAAUGUGUAAAGCAGAUGGGAGAUAUUCUCAGCCAGGUGAAAGGAACUGGAAAUGUGCCUGCCAGUACUUGCAACAGUGUGGCCCAGGAUGCUGACAAUGUUCUCCAGCCACUCAUGGACUUACUAGAUAGCAAUUUGACCCUGUUCGCAAAGAUCUGCGAGAAAACAGUGUUGAAGCGCGUUCUGAAAGAAUUGUGGAAGAUUGUAAUGAACAUAAUGGAGAAAACUAUUGUCCUGCCACCUUUAACCGAUCAAACGAUGAUUGGAAGGGUGAAGCUUGUCUGUCACAGCGAUGGAACGCAACUUAUUUUCAACGCUGCAAAAGAACUCGGGCAACUUUCAAAACUAAAGGAUCAUAUGGUCAGAGAAGAAGCCAAAAGUCUUUCCCCCAAACAGUGUGCUGUAGUGGAGCUUGCACUUGAUACUAUUAAGCAAUAUUUCCAUGCUGGUGGAGUUGGCCUAAAAAAGACCUUUUUGGAAAAGAGCCUUGAUCUGCAAUCUCUACGGUAUGCUCUGUCGCUGUAUACACAGGCCACUGACACCCUCAUUAAAACAUUCAUCCAAUCUCAGUCAUCUCAGGGAUCUGGUGUGGAUGAUCCGGUGGGAGAAGUAUCUAUCCACGUUGAGCUUUUCACUCAUCCAGGAACUGGAGAGCACAAAAUCACAGUGAAAGUUGUGGCUGCCAAUGAUCUAAAGUGGCAAACAACUGGUAUCUUCCGUCCAUUUGUCGAAGUUAAUAUGAUUGGCCCUCACCUGAGUGACAAGAAGAGGAGGUUUGCCACUAAAUCCAAGAACAACAGCUGGGCUCCAAAGUUUAAUGAAACCUUUCAAUUCACUUUGAGUGCCGAGGAUGGUCCAGAAUGUUAUGAGAUCCAGAUUUGCGUGAAAGAUUACUGCUUUGCAAGAGAAGAUCGGAGUGUUGGUAUCGCCAUGAUGCAGCUGCGAGAUAUUAUCCAGAAGGGAAGUUGUGCCUGCUGGUUACCUCUGGGCCGCAGGAUUCACAUGGAUGAGACAGGAUUAACUGUCCUCAGGAUACUUUCACAAAGAAACAAUGAUGAGGUGGCAAAGGAAUUUGUAAAAUUGAAAUCUGACAUACGAUCUGCUGAAGAAGGCAGUUGAAAAAGGUGGCCAAAAAUCAGAAAGGUAGAUCAGAAUUAAAAACUUUAAUGUCUUAAGCUUUUGGAGCUUCAGUUCUCUCAUCUUAAUGAAGCCACAUGCCCCAAUUAAGUAAGCAAAAAAAUAACAAAUCAGGAGGCCCGAUUUAAGUUUUGGUCUGUGCAUGUCUCUGUGGUUAAUUUAUUUUUUCUUUGCCAGUGUGGACAAUUAAUUUUACUUUUUGUUCAUGAGAGGCAGCACCCAGCCCCGGAGAAGUCAGAGUAUUCUUAUGGAGUUACAACCGGAUUAACUUUAAUGGUUAAUGUCACUCGAGUAAAUAAAUCCCACAUGACUCUACUGAGCCUGUGUACAAUGAGCACUGUGAUCCUGUUCUUGUGGAGAGACCUACAGCUGAAAGAACUUGUAUACCUCUUGUGAAAAGCCUCAGUUAACCUUUCUCUUCAACACCAAACUGCCAAAGUGUCUUUAUAUUGACAGGUGUAACUAAUUUCUGACACAUUCCACAGUAUUUCCUGAAUAGAUUGUUAAUGUGAGCUGUAUUCACAAACAGGCUCAGUAUUUUACGUACCAUUUAAGAUUAGACACAAGUUUUGGGGUUUAAUUAACUGCUUUGCAAAAUGUCUGUAAAACAAUAACUCCGAUGUGACGAAUGUGAGCGAAGUUAAAUAUCCACAAGCUAAUCAACUCUUGAACCAGUAGCAGGGAAUAGUCAUCAUGACAAGCUGUUUCAUGCAAUCUGAAAAAUUACUGUAAUAAGCAUGACCAACUUAUUGUAAUAAUAUCCACAAAAGGUUUACAAAUGUAAGCCACCACGUAUCGUCUCUUACCAUUUGUUUCAACACAUCCAUUUCUUGUGCUGCCAGAGAUAAAUUGGUGGACAUUUAAUUAGUUAUAGAUUUAUUUGUUUUUUAUAUAGAAACCAAGGACUAAAGAGAGCUUUAGAUGCAAGGCUCAGAAGAUGAGUAGAUGCAUGAAGCAUUUGGAGUGUAUAUUAGUAAUAAAAGAUAGUGAUCCUAAUAUUCUAUUUACAUUUGAAACAAUUGCCCCUGCCACACAUACAAAACAAGAGAAGGAAAACCAACAUGUAUACAUAUUGGGAUUUGGAGUUACUAUAACCAAACGCUUUCCUGUAAACAAUUGGUGCUGAAAUGACUGACGGUUUGCUACACAGACUGUUAAGAUAACCUCAUAUUUAUACCCAAGUUAACUACAUCUUUAUGUACACACUCCUUGUAGCUCCCAAGUGUUUCCUUUUUGACUUCCAUUGGCCUGGACUUAGCCAACAUUUCUACAGACAAGUGUAGGAGACCUGGUGAACGCACAAGUCUUGAAUUUCCUUGACCAAGCUUUCACAGCACUCCUCAAUGGUGUGGCAGGAGCUUGCUGGAAUAGCACAGCACUUGAGCUGGGAUAUCAACUCUCAUUUGACCUGGCACAAGAUCUAUAAGCCUAUUCAUUUCUAUGCAGAAUUCAUACCUACAAGGAAACAUUCUAAUGACAAGUUAUUUGCUUGCAAUAAUAUUUAAAUAAUUAAAAGGGCUUUUAAAUGAAAACAUUUAAGUUUUGAAUGCAUCUGAAUAUCAGAAAUAUUCAGAAGCACUGAAAAAUGUUGAUAGCUUUGACAGAUGACAACGCUGGGUUUAUGGCUGUGGCAAGCAGUUUCCCUACCUGCAUUUCCCCAGGAGUGCUGUGAACAAGGUCAUGCAUGGGUCAUGCCAAACAUUGUCCUACCAUUGAUCAGCUUCAAGACAAGCUCCUUCCAACAAGAUUACUUUUCCUGAUGUGGAUCAGGUAGUUAUGGAAUGCAAAAAUAUCACAGCUCCACUCAAAUUCCAAGGCAUACAGUAAAACUAAUGCAGCAGCACCAGCAGUGCUAAUCUGCCAGAUGUUCCAGACCACUGGCCAAGAGUGAAUGCUACUACACUUAUAUACUGUACCCCAACAUGUUAUUUUUAAGAUAUUACAUAAUAUUAUAAUGCAUUUUUCCAGUGAACAUGGUGCACUUAAGGAGAACGUGGGAAUGAGGCCCCAAUGAGCAAGAUACUGAACCAUCAGGAUCUCCAAGCUGGGGGAUAGCAAAUUAUUGGAGAGUUUUACUGUAGUUGCUUUUGGUAGAAAUAUACAUGCAACAAAAGAUUACAAGAUUAUGGGGCGGCACAGUUGCGCAGCAGUAGAGUUGCUGCCUUACAAGCCUCAGAGACCCAGAUUCAAUCCCGAAUACGGGUGCUGUCUGU